AUGUCCCUGUUUCCCACCCCAGCAUGGGUGACAGCUCACAAAAACUGGAAACCGGGAGUCCACUGCACAGCCUGCGGGCAGCUGACAGAGGCUUACCCUGUGGACAUCCUGGAGGAUGACCCGGAGGGCCAACAGGCAUCAGCACAGGCUUACUAUGAGAUGCUCAGGGAAGGAGCCCAGACCUCUGCAGAGGUUAUAUCCCUUUCCACUGGGGAGCAGGUCACACUUGAAACUUCAUCUCUUUGUUUUUGCACGAUGUACCAUGAUGAACCUCAACAUAAAAUACUGGGUUUGGUUAAUCCCCAGGACACAAAGACAGUUGUGGCCGUUUACUUAAAGGAAUCCUGGUGGUCCAUCGAAGACGUCCUAAGAACUUCAGAUCCCACACGGGAAGGGCUCAUGAAGGUUCAGUCCUUUGGGGAAAGGAUUGUUCUCUUUGUCCUCAACGCCAUUGUUUUCGGAAGACUGGAGAGAAGGCUGGACAGCGAUGACAUGUUUUUCUUACCUCACCCUGCGAAGGAGCAAGCUAAGAUUCUGUGGAGAGAUGGAGCCGCAGUUGGAUUUUACUCAAUCAAAAUGAAAGGCAGCCUCUGUGGUGCUGGUACCAGCGCAUGCUACCUGCUGCCUGUCUUUGACACCGUGUUUGUGAGGAGGAAGAGCCGUUGCCAAGGCCUGGGGACAGCCAUGCUGAGGGACUUCUGUGACACCUUUCAAGGAGACGAAGCUCUGGGUAUCAGUUGUCCGAUCUCUCCUGCAAUGUACAGAGUCCUCAGGCAGUUCCUGUUGACCUGUCCAGGCGAGAGAGGGCGCUUGUGGGAGGUGGAGCCCCCAGGGGCCUGGGGCCAGCGUGUUAACAUCUGGCUCAAGGUUUAUCUUCAGGAGCAGAGACUUCAAGAUGGAGUGGGCUGUUGGAGAACCGGCGAGGACACAGAAUGACCGACGAUGUGCGGAAGUGUGUGAGGAAGCAUGUUAGGUGUGAACCCAGCACCUAACUCCUCAGAGGUCCGUCUGGCCUCUCCAGGAUCUGAGCCUGAGGGUUUUAUACGGCCCUGAAUAACCUCUGGUCCUGAGGAUGGUCUUUGUUAUCUCUGGCUCCCCUGGUAGGCUCCGGAAUAACUGAGUCUGAAGAAGUGCUUGGGUGAGCCAGAUACUCAAUGGGAGCUGCUUUUGCAAGCCAACUCUUGGCAGAUCCAGGACUUUAGGAGCUCAUUCAUUAAGACGACCAUUGCUUCCAAUGAAUGCACACCCUUCCCCUUAGUGGAAACAGGCUCAGAGAUGGACCAUGGUUCCCAUCCGUGUUGCACAUUCAGCCCUGUUGUAACCUCAGAGCUCGACACUGGAGUUUUUCAGGGAGACAAGUUCCUUCUCUGGGGACUUGUCAGUCACUUCCCAGCUCCUUGAGGACACACACCAGGGCUGGAUAAUGUCAACCAUGCCAGGGCCCGAUGGUGGCCACUGUGGGUCUUGGACUGCAUUAG